CAUAUGAGAGGCCUUUUCAAGUCUGUCUGCUUAUGAGAGCAGAGCAGUGAGACGUCCUGUCAUUGCACCGCUCAGCUCCGGACCCUCUCACACACACUAUCCCAUCUCGUUGUUGACAGCUGAGAAACUGAAAGCUGUUACCUGACUUUGAUCGAACUGUUUGACACAGACUCUAAACCAUGAGCGGUGAGUAACCAGUGAGCACUGAAGUUUGCAAAGCUUAGAAGCUUCUACUAAUUCUAGAUUUUGUGUGAUUACGAAAAGAAUAGUGGAUAUUAGAAUUUACAAGGACAGAAGCAUUGCAAUUUUAUUAGAGAUAUUUUUGAGACUGUAGCACAUUUAUAGCAGCAUAUAAGGUGCACCAUCUCUGAUUUUGAAGGAACAAUUCCUGUUUUAUUGGAUCAAUAAUAAAAUAAUUUGUGCAUAAAAUAAAUCAACUGAUAAGUUAUGUCUGAGUACUGUUAUUGUGAUCUCGUGGUGCAAAUAAAGACAAAUACUGUAGUACAGUAUGUGAAACAUGUAGGUAACAGCUUGAGAUGAGUGUCCUAGUACGUUUUAACACAGCAGUCAGAAGUGGCUUUCUGUUGAGGUGUGAAAUGUGCUCUGCCUUACAAGCUGCAUGCUUUUACCAUCAAUAAUGAUAACUGAGUUAAUUUUUAAAAUAUUUGCUAGUGUUUUGUGCUGCAGAGGUUUUGGAUUUUAAGAUAUUCUUUUGGUAUAAAAAAAUGUCUGUUGACCAUCUCAGAGUUAUUGAUACUUUCCAUUACUAUUAUAGACCUUCAUUUCCUUGCUGUUAGCUUAAUGUUUAUCACUGUCCUCAUCCACUGUGGGAUGUUUGGGUUGUCAGAGUGCUGCCUGCAGACUCACCAGGACCGAGCAGUUUGAGCCAGAGUUGGUGGCUUUAGGCUGGACAUCAGGUUACUGCUUUGACACUAAUGAAACCUCAGUGACAUACACAAUAAACAGUGUAAUACAGUCAAUGUUAAAACUGCAACUGUUUUCUCUGGCUUUGGGAAUAGUGUUUCUUAACUAUUUAUAACAAUAAAGCAUUGGAAACAAAGUUAAGUAGCCCAUAGUUGUUGGCCUGGUUGGCUCCAGUUGGCUUAUGCAGCUUUAAUACAAUGCUGUGGUGUGAGGCUGUAGGGGCAAUGAUUGCUGCCUGUCUGCCUGGCAGGUUCGGGGAAACCAAAUCCAUUCCUGAGUUGGAAAGGAACAUUUUCAUCAUAUUGUUUCAAACAAAAUUAUCCAAAUGAUGCUUUUUCUAUUGAGACUACCGAAGCACUGUAUCUAACAUACAGUAGAAGUGUUUUUAAAGUAUUUUAGCAAUUAUAUUUGAAUCUCGACAGUAGAGAGAUGACAGAAAAUGAGUGAAGAGAAAUGGGGAAUGAUGUGCCCCAAAAGCCCCCCAGCCAGACUCUGGGUCUGGGGACUGGGGACUGGGGCCUGGGGACAUUGCUGUUCACAAUCGAUGCUUCAAACCUUAAAUGGGGGGAUGAUCAAUAAUAUAUCAAUAUAUCUAACAAAUCUGCACAUUGAAAGACUGAUUUCAAAACUACUUUUACUUCCUGACAUAAAAUUGUAUAAUCUACUGAAACAUGAUCAGAAACAGAAAUCAUUGGUGAUCACUUGGAAUCAAUUAAAUAAUAUAUGUUGAAGCUGGCUGUUUGAUAUGUAAAAGCAAUGGCGGUGUACUGUCUUUAUGUUUAUCAGCUAAUGUUUUUUACCAUUUAAUUAUUUCACUAAGGCUUCAUUAUUCCUUCAUUGUUUUCUUUUCUGGGCUCGGUGACACUGAUUUGCACUGAACAUGCACAGAGCAUGACAUUACAUUUUGUUGACACAAGUGGCAGUCCAUUUCAAUGCUAAUGCAGAGCUGUCAAAACCAGGAAAGUGUAUGAUUUAAUCUGCCUUUUCAUCCCCUCUCAUCCAUUCAGCCCUCAGAAAUUGUGAAAAAGGAACAGGAGCACUCUUUCGAGUCCGCAUUGCACAUUUUAAUCAGAUGUUUCCUCUCGUGCUUCAGUUACACACGCACACACACACACACACACACACACACACACACACACACACACACACACACACACACAUGCUCUCAGGCAGUAAGCGUGAACGGUGCUGCAUAAGAGGUGAUUAUUCUGCAUCUAACACCGAACUAAAUAAUUGGCUGGGAUUAUCAAGGGUCAUCCCACAUUCUGCUCAACAAUGGGUCUUUUACACUGUAUGUGGGAUGUAUAGAUAAAUGUGAACCUCAGAACAAUGGACAAAAGAAAAUCAAUAGACAAGAAUAAUGCAAAUAGUCUUUGGAGAUCAUAUGGUAAGUGUUUAUCCCUCAGGGAAGAAUGAAAAUAUAAAGGUGUUGGAGCUUAGAGUGACUUUAUUGAACGUUAAGGACAAGCAGAUGAAGAAGCUGGCUGUUUACUGUAUUGGUCUUUAAGAGAAGGUCUUCAGGUCUGUUUGCACAGGGUGAUUCAGAGGAAAACGUUGUAGCCUAGAUAGAUAAGGGCCAGCCACGUGCUACACACAGACUGCUUUGUGUUGUACAGCAGAAGGAAACACGGUAAGACUACAGAAGCUCAAUGUUUUUAACUAGUACAGUGUUGUUACAGCUCUACUUAAAUGUAUAAAAACUGAUCACAGUAAAAGUAAAAGAUUUAGAAAGACAGAGCUGAUAUUUAUUUAUUUACUUGGUAUAGUACAAAAAAGGGCAUGCCCAGAAAAACACAUGUAGCUUGCUUAUAUUCAAGGUCAUGCUUUUAAAGUUUAACAUGUUCUCUAGCCUUGCAACUUGGAGAGUGAGACCAGCAAGAGUGUUUAUUUAACUCAGACAAAACUACCAUCAGUAUUAUACAAUAUGAGGUCACGAACAAAAGCUUUUACUUUAGAUACUUCGAUACAUCUAAUAUCAAGUACAUUAAUUGUGUAUAAGUAGUGCGUGAGUAGAAAGUAGAAUUAUGAAGUGGUUUGUUUCUCUGAUGAUUGCAAUUAUGAUUGAAUAAUGACUUGCUCCAAGUCCGUAAUGGUAAAUGAUAAAUGGACUGUACUUAUAUAGCGCCUUUCUAGUCUUUCAACCACUCAAUGCACUGUACACACUACAUGCCACACUCACCCCAUUCACACACAUUCGCACACAUUCAUACACCGAUGCACAGCAUCAGGAGCAAUUUGGCUUCAGUGUCUUGCUCAAGGACACUUCGACAUGCAGCGAGAGGAGCUGGGGAUCAGCCUUCCGAUUAGUGGACGACCCACUCUACCUCUGAGCCACAUUUCCCACGAGACCUGCCUCCUGGACCAGGUGCUGGAGCUGAUUAUGAAUGAGAAGCCCCCCACCAGUGCUAGUCUUUUUCUAAACGAGGACGCGGACAAACCCCCCCUGCCCGAAAGAGGAGACUUGAGAAGGCGCCUACGCAGGGCCAUGGAGAGGAGAGCCAGCAGCAUGAAGGAGAGGAUGAGCUCCAUCAGUAGGGAGAGCGUCAAAGGUUUCCUCAAGAGGAACCUGUUUGUUCUGUUCACUGUCGCCGCUGUGGCUCUGGGUGUAAUCCUGGGCUUUACUUUACGCCCCCACAACCUGUCCCUGAGGGAGAUCAAGUACUUUGCCUUUCCUGGGGAGCUGCUAAUGAGAAUGCUACAGAUGCUGGUGCUGCCUCUCAUCGUCUCCAGUCUGGUCACAGGCAUUUCCUCCUUGGACAGCAAAGCAUCAGGUAAGAUGGGUAUGCGUGCAGUGGUCUACUACAUGGUGACCACCCUGAUUGCCGUGUUCAUUGGCAUCGUUAUUGUGACAAUCAUCAGACCGGGGAAAGGCAGCAGGGACAGUCCCGUGGCCAACAGUGGAAACAUAGAACCAGUUCAGGCUGCUGAUGCUUUCCUGGAUCUCAUCAGGAACAUGUUUCCUCCCAAUCUGGUUGAGGCUUGUUUCAAGCAGUAUAAAACUGUGUACAAGAAAACUGUGCACUCAAGGAACGUGACAGUGACCCUGAACCUCACCGACUCUCUCAACGUGACAGACUCUAACUUGAGUGUGAACCUCAGCAGGGUGCUGCACACCAUACAGGAGACAGUGGAAGAGACUGUCCCUGUGUCCGGCUCCUCUGCUGGAGUGAAUGCUCUGGGUCUGGUGGUUUUUUCCAUGUGCUUUGGUCUGGUUAUUGGUAACAUGAAGCAGCAGGGUCAGGCCCUCAGGGACUUCUUUGACUGCCUCAAUGAAGCCAUCAUGAGGCUGGUGUCCAUCAUCAUCUGGUAUGCUCCAGUGGGCAUCAUGUUCCUGAUUGCAGGGAAGAUUGUGGAGAUGAAGAAUCUGGCAGAGGUGGGCGGCCAGCUGGGGAUGUACACCGUGUCAGUCAUUGUGGGUCUCCUCAUCCACGGCCUCUUUGUGCUGCCACUGCUUUACUUCCUAGUGACCAGGAAGAAUCCCUACAGUUUCAUUGGUGGCCUGCUGCAGGCACUCAUCACAGCUCUGGGGACCUCAUCUAGCUCUGCUACCCUGCCCAUCACCUUCCGCUGUCUGGAGGAGAACAAUCGCGUGGAUAAACGAGUGACACGUUUCGUCCUCCCUGUGGGUGCCACGAUCAACAUGGAUGGCACUGCCCUCUAUGAGGCUGUGGCAGCUAUCUUUAUUGCUCAAGUCAAUGACAUGGACCUAAACUUUGGACAGAUUCUUACUAUCAGUAUCACGGCAACUGCUGCCAGCAUUGGAGCAGCAGGCAUCCCUCAGGCUGGCCUGGUUACCAUGGUGAUUGUAUUGACAUCGGUGGGACUGCCCACAGAGGACAUAACACUGAUCAUCGCUGUGGAUUGGUUCUUGGACCGCUUGCGUACCACCACCAACGUGCUGGGUGACUCUCUCGGGGCUGGCAUCGUGGAGCACCUCUCCCGCAGAGAGCUGCAGAGUCAGGAUGCUGAGGUGCGCAACUCUGUGAUCGAGGAGAAUGAGAAACCCUACCAGCUUAUCUGUCAGGAAAACGAUUCACUCAAUCACCGCAACAGUGAGACCACAAUGUGAAGACAAGAGCUACACCCUUAAGGGCUUCAUGUACCAAAAGCAUUUUAGCUAGAAGUUUGGCUUGCAUUGGUGCAGAGACAGUCUUAGAAAAUAAUAGUUCUUGAUCAACUCAUCCAGUGCUUGGGGCAAUACAAAUCCUGUGCCCAGGGUUGCUUAAUGACAGGAAAUAAGUACACAUACUGUUUAGGAACAGUUACGCAUCCUAUGCCUACAAUCUGAUUCAUUCAGUGCCAGUUAUUUGGGGGCAUUUUGCUGUUUGAUGAUGUGUCAUUCAAUGUCAGGCAAACUCAAUGUGUCAGACAGUCGACAGUUGAAAGUCAUUUUUAGAAAGUCUAUAGCUUCAUCGUGUUUUCAAAGAUUCUUAUGAUUUAUGAUCCAUACAGUCAAAGCAUCAGAAACCCCUCCCCAGCAUAAGUGUUAUUACACACAGUAUUAUUAGAGAAACACCACCAUUCACAAACAAAAAAAGUAAACCAGCAUAUUUUCCAAUCUUGUGAAUAUGUAAAUCUGCAUAAUUUGGCUAUUUCUGUUGCAUGACUUAACAUCUAAUAUAUAUUAUUUCUUUUGCAAACACUUAUUUUUUGUCAUUUCCAUUGUGACUACCUCUAAUAGGACUUCUACAGCACUACACACAAAAAUACUCAAGCAUAUCAGCAGCAUGUAAAUACAUCAAUCUCAGAAUUGUUCUGGAUUCCGUAUUUAAGUGUUAAAUAUUGUUUAUGUUAAAGGGAUAGUUCAGGUUUUAUUAAGUGGGGUUGUAUGAGGUACUUAUCAAUUGUCACUGUAUUACCUGCAGUAGAUGGAGGUCAGCUUGCCCCCAGUUUGGAGAAGCAAAAAGGAGUCCUGGCAGAGAAGCAGAGCACUGCUGAAUACAGGGUUAGCAGAAAAAAAAUAUUUUAUCCACAUAAAAAACUCCCACCUUGAAAAACUUAAUAUCAGUUCGUAAUCAGCAGUGCUUUGCUUUGCUUCCCUGCCGGGCCUCCUGUCUGCUUCUCCAAACUGGGUUUGUGCUGACCUCCGUCUACUGCAGGUAAUACACUGUGGAUAAGUAUCUCAUACAAACGCACUUCAAACAACCCGAACAAUCAAGUUUGCUUAGACAAUGUAAUUGUACAAUUUUGAAUGUACUUGACUGUUAAACACUGGAGGUUGGUGUGAAGGAGAAUCUUUGCUAAUUAUUGUUUUGAGUUUGAUAUAAUAAGUGACUUUGACGUUUUUCCCUCAGUACUUUCUUAUAGAUAUUAUAUUUGUGUGUGUAUUUCCUGUAUUUCUUUGGUGCUAUUGCUUUUAAAUUAUGAGUACAGGACUGUACUGCUACACAGCAAUUUCACAGGAACACCUACAGUUAACCUUGUUCUUGCUCUUUUUUUACUUAAAUAUCAAACAGAAGAGGGAAAUAUCAAACAGAUACAGAUUUAUUGUUUCUAGGUAAAAUUUUCUAUAUUAAGACUUGAUUGAUCUUGCAUUGGAUCGUCUUUUUUGCCUCAUUACUGAUUUAUAAAGUAUAAACAACUGUAGUUUCAAGUUUUCACUUUUUGUUGUUGGUCACAAUAGUGGGCAUAACAUCAGUAUUAAACCUGCCUGUCUGUGUUUUCUGCUUAAUAAGUCAUACUAUCAACUAAAUGUGUUACUUAUUUUUUUUUUAUAUUCUGACUGUAAUAAUAUAUUGCAAGUUAAUGAUUGAUUAUUUUUAUUGUUUAGUGAAAAGGUACUGUGGAGAAAGCUUGUGAAACCCUUGAGGAAUUUAAUGUACUUUAUGCUUUUAGGUGUAGAUUGUUUUAGAGGAAAGUGUUGUGCAUAAUUAUGAAAGUGAAAAGUUAAUUGACAGCUCUUCUGACUUUGUGUCACUUUUCGGCUAUUAGGUUGGAUUUUAGUUUCAAUGCUUGAUGUUAUUUCCGUAAAAAGCUCAACAUUUUGAUUGACGGCUUAUGAAAAAUGUGACAAAUAAAUGGCUCAGGAAUUGAACUGUGAUUCUCAUCAUUGUGUUUGUGGCUACCCCUGGUGGAGGAUAUUCUCCUGUCUGUCCCAGAAACUGUUCUCUUUUGAGAUAUACAUGGGUCAAAUAUAAUAUGAGAAAAAAACUGUUUGGAAUAAUAAUUGGAUGGGUCCUAUGUUAAAACUGUUUGAUAUUAAUGUAAGUAGUUUGUCAUUAAAAAAGACAAAACUUUA